GCCAAAAGGCUAAUGACGCUAAACCAAAACCUUGUUUCUGAAUCUCGUCCUCUCCUUCAGUCCUUUAUUUAACCAGAGCAGCUUGCCUUCCAAUCAUGAAUCCUCCAACCAACAGAGAAAAUACUCUCCCGACAGAGCACUACAUGCCCCAAUCCACAUCAUCAGGAGGAGGAGGGCUGUAUCUGGACAGCUAUGAAGUCUCUUUUCCUCUGGAGGAGAGUAUAGAGAGACCCCCUGCUUAUCACCUGAACCAGGAUCAGCAGGUGAUGGACGGGCCCGUGUUGCACGAGCCUCCUCAUUCUCAGUACAGCCCUUUCAUCCUGAUCUCUAACCUGCAAGCUCACCUGUACGUCACUCUGGAGAAGAACGCCUGGCUGCAGAAGCGCAUCGAGGAGAUGGAGGAGGAACGUAACUUCCUGCGCUGUCAGCUGGACCGAUUCAUCGUCAACAUGCGGGGUCCGGAGGUGACAGAGUGUUGUGGAGACCCCCAGCGCAUGGUGAAGGUGCAGCCAGUCAGCUCUCCCUCCCCUCCCUCCCCCAUGACCACCCGGUCCGGGAUGACCCUGAAGCGUCUUCAGGGAGCGGCCACUCGGCCCCGUCGCGGCUCUACCUUCCCCGCUGCAGUGAAGCAGGAAUUUCAUCUGGAUGAGGAUAAAUUCUACACUGAGGACGAGUUUGUUGAGGAGGAGGAAGAGGAAGAGGAGGAAGACGAUUCGUCGGUGGAGAAGGGCUCAAAAAAGAAGGGCAGAGGGCGAGCCAACGGAGAACCGAGGAUGAAGAUGAGGAGGAUCUUCAGGAUCACCCACGGGAGGGAGAGACAGAGAGUUAAAGACCCAGAAGGGGUAAUGAUUCGCUAUAACAAGAUCCUUACCACCUACCAGCGAGUGAGGAGCAUGUCCAGAGCCUUCCAGGUCCACGGAGUCGACAGGAACACCAUGGCCUCCACCUCCCCCAUCGCAGAGCUGCUGCUGGUGGCUCCAGAGAAGGUGGCGGAGGUCGGGGAGUUUGAGGCUUCAAAGGAGAAGCUUUUGGAUUACGCACGGCGGUGCUACAAGACCAUGGACGAGCAGACGCACACCAAGGUUCAGGCCAUGAAGAAGACUCACAAGCUGCUGCCCAUCUCCUACAGGUUCAGAAACUGAGGGACAGGUAGAGGAACAAUGCGGGAGGCAGGGGGAGUCUACACUAAACUUAACAUUGUAUUUUUCAUUGCCUUAAAAAGAUACAAGACAUGUGAGAAUGUCGUGUUUGGAUGCCAAGGGAUUAUAUUAAUUUUAAGAAAAACCUUGUUUAAUCUUUUUCAUUUGCCUUCAUCCAGGAAUUAAGGGAAGGUGGACAUUUACAGGAAGACAAAGUAUAGUGUCCUUUUCAUUUCCAAGCACUAUUUGGAAUACGGCAAACUGUUUAUAUAGCAGACAUCGGAGUAAGCGUAAUUUGCUCUGAAUUUGAUCUGAGAGCGUUUACAGAACCAAUGGGAUUGUUUAUUUAAAUGAUUGUAUCAAAACAGAUCAACAUUUAUUAGCUUUUAUUUAUUUUUGACACACGAUAUUGUGGGGUAUGAUUUAUUUCUGAUUUAGUACAUUUAACAUGUAUAAUUGGAAAAAGAACAUUUGUUUUGUUCAUAUAUCUCGUUCCUAAGUUGUAUAUUUUGUAUUUGACUUACAUGGUUAAGAAAGUUUGAAAUGUAGCGAAAGUAAAUAACUUUAAAUAUGUAA